AUGUUAUAUCUACUAUUAAUUCUUAUUAUUCAACAUAUAGUGGCUGAAACUGAUUUAACAUCAAAUGAAACAUUUUUAGAAAUUCAAAAAUUAAAUGCACUUAAAUAUGAACAUUACAGUAAAGUACUUGGUCUUGAUGCAAUAUUUAAUUUUACAAUAUCCAAUAUAACUUAUGCUAGAAAAGAAUUAAAUAUUGAUUCCUAUUAUUUUUCAAUAACGUUUAUUAGUGAAGAACAUCAUGAAGAACGAACUAAAAUUGUAGGUUUACAAGGAAAUCAAACGAAAUAUACGGCCCAAUUAAAAAUGCAACAUUUAGAAGCCGAAGGAAAUUAUUUAAUAUGUGUAUUUUUUCUUAGAAACAAUCAAACAAAUGUAAUUGGUUCAAGUCGUUUUUGUCAUGUUGUUUCUAUUUCAGACAGUUGUCAAUUAGAUAAAUUAGAAAUAUCAUUUACUAAUCAACCUGUUUAUCUUUUACUUAUUUUAGUUGUUGUUCUAUUAGUAAUUGUUGUUGUAUUUACUUAUAUACUUCGUUGUAUUUAUCGACCACGUAAUUUUGAAGAAUUACUUAAAACUUUACCAGAACAUCAUGCACAUGAUUUGACACAUCUGGGUGAUACUGGUAGACAACGAAGAAAUGAAACAACACAAUUUAAUAAUCGUCAAAGUGUAGAUUCAGUUUCUACAAUGGAAUUAGAUGCUAAUGAUGAUCCUUAA